CGCCCGCAGCAUGGCCGCCGUGUUCCUCCGGACCCUGGUGAGCUCCGUGGUGGAGCCGCUCCUGCACCGCGGCCGCGCGGCCGCCGCCGUCUCCGCCGGGCCCCCGCUCGCCGCCCGCCCGGCCCCGCCGCGAGGCCCGCCGCUCCCCAGCUGCCUGCAGCCCGCGCUGGGCUUCAAGACCAAGGCCGUGCUCCGGAAGCGCUGCCGAGACUGCUACCUGGUGAAGCGCCGCGGGCGCUGGUUCGUGCUCUGCCGGGCCAACCCCAAGCACAAGCAGAGGCAGGUGUAGCCCGGCCUGCGCGCGCCCGGUCCUCCUCCCCGCCGGGCCCUCCUCCCCGCCGGGCCCUCCUCCCCGCCGGGCCCUCCUCCCCGCCCGGUCCUCCUCCCCGCCGGGCCCUCGGGGUCCUCCCUGCCCGGUCCUCCUCCCCGCCGGGCCCUCCUCCCCGCCGGGCCCUCCUCCCCGCCCGGUCCUCCUCCCCGCCGGGCCCUCC